UGAGGCACUUUUCCUACCACUGACACCAACGAUGGGGCAUAAUUCUUGUUACGAACAUCAACAACAAGGCACAAUUCCUGCCACCGACACCCAUGCCGGGGCACUAUUCCUGCCACCGACACCCAUGCCGGGGCACUAUUCCUGCCACCGACACCCAUGCCGGGGCACUAUUCCUGCCACCGACACCCAUGCGGGGCACAUUCCGACACCCAUGCCGGGGCACUAUUCCUGCCACCGACACCCUUCCUCCCACUGAUACCAAUGAUGGGGACACUAUUCCUCCCACUGACACCAAUGAUGGGGCACUAUUCCUCCCACUGAUACCAAUGAUGGGG